AUGCCGCCUAAGCAGCGAACCCGCCAGCGCUUCGGGCCCAGCCAGGACUACCUGCUGGUCGUGCAGGUAAACACGGACCAGCCGUUCCGUGCACCGUACGGCGGACUGAUGGCCGGCUGGGAGAAGAUCGCAACGACUCUCAAUGGCUGCAGCGCCUUCAAGAUGCACCACCUCAAGGGUCCCAUCGCCAAGAACCGCUUCGAGCGCCUCGUGGAGCGCCACCGCAACUGGGUCAAGAAUGGCAGCCACCCGGAUGACGCGCCGUCACAGGAUACUGCCUUCCAGAGUGUCAUGGUCGAGGUGAUUCCCAAGCUGGAGGCUGCCGAGAAGGAGCCGCAGGCUCAGACGUUGGGCAAGCGCGGUCGCCCCCGGAAGAUCCGACCGGAGGAUGGCGAAGAACCCGCUGGGAAGAAGCCGGUGCCGGCGUCUGCGCAGGUGGCCAUUGCUCCGUCCCCAUUGGGACCUCAGCCGUCGUCCACUUCACUCCUCGUGGAUUCUGAGGACCAGGCACUGCCCACUGCAACCAAGGCCACUCGCCAACGGUUCACUCCAGGAGAUGACCUCUUGCUUAUCAAGUUUGUAAAGGAGUCACUGCCAUUCCGCGCUAAGUUUGGCGCCAUCUCGGCGGCGUGGGAAGACGUGGCGGCCAAGCUGGACAACUGCUCAGAGUUCUCCAAGGACAACAUCAAGGGCCCCAUCGUGCGCUACCGCUUCGAAAACCUCGUGUCCAAGUACCGUGAACGCGUCAAACGCAACAACGGUCGCGUGGUUGGACCGAAGGGUGUUCCUGCGGGUGAACUUGAAGUGCUCAUGACGGAGCUAGUGUCGCUACUGGACGGUGGAGACCCAGUCAGCGCUGCCCAGCUCGCGCAGAGCGUGGCGAUCGCUACUGGCACGACCGAUGCGACUUCCCGAGAGGUCCCUCAUUCUUCUACCAACCAGGACGAGGAUUCUACUAGUAGUACCCCGAGCGAGUCGUCGUCGCCGGCCCCCACGUCAUCGCAGAGUUUCGUCGUCCCUACGACUGAGCCUCGUCCGGCGAAGGUGGAAAAAUCAACGAGUGGCACGGACCCUACCAACAUUGCUGAGCUCAAGGCGCUGAUCCAGGAGAUGGUGGAUCAACAGACUCGGACCACUGAGCAGAUGGUGCUGCUGCAGCGUGAAGAGCGCCGCCUGGAGGCAGAACGGCGAGAGCGGGCGUUGGAAAGCGAGCGAGCGGAGCGCGAGAAGGACCGCCAAGCGCUGACUUCCGCGGUGAUGUCGGUCAUGAAGACGUUCCUCGAUGAGAACGGCCGCAAGAACUGA